AUGUUUGCAAACGCCCUUCGAUCAGUCGGUCGACUAACUCGUCUUGCUCGUCCUUCCUUGUCGGUUGCUCGAUGUUUUGCGGCCCAUGUUCAGCAUCCGGCUCCAGACUUUGCCGGUAUGGCUGUCGUGAAUGGUGACUUUAAGGAGAUCAAGUUAAAGGAUUAUGCUGGCAAAUAUUUGGUUCUUUUCUUCUAUCCACUCGACUUCACUUUUGUUUGCCCCACCGAGCUAAUCGCUUUUUCCGAUCGAAUCAAGGAGUUUGAAGAAGCUGGCGCGGCGGUCGUUGGAGUUUCAACGGACUCCCACUUCAGCCAUUUGGCUUGGAUAAACACACCACGCAAGGAAGGAGGACUGGGUGGUCUAAAAUACCCUCUUUUGUCGGACUACAAAAAGAGCAUAUCUCGUGAUUAUGGUGUACUUCUGGAGCCGAUGGGUGUCGCCCUACGUGGCCUGUUCAUCAUCAAUCCCCAGGGUAUUGUUCGCCAAGUAACUAUCAAUGAUUUACCAGUGGGGCGAUCCGUGGAUGAAGUGCUCCGACUAGUGAGGGCAUUUCAAUUCACAGAUAAACAUGGUGAAGUGUGCCCGGCCAACUGGGAACCAAACAGUCCGACGAUCAAACCAGAUGUGCAUGGAUCAAAGGAUUAUUUCAAGAAGGUGCACUAA